AUGGGCGAAAAGAAAAGCAAAAAGAAAUCUAGCAGUAAAAGUACUCAACCUCAACAAAUUCCCGAAGCUAAUGGAACCCAAGUUAAUGGUAGAAAACAGCAGCAGCUACUAACACCUGAACCUUCGGUGAUAGAAUAUGAAAAAACCAGUGAAAAACAGCCAAAUGAAUCGCUUGAAAAGGGAAAAAAUGUUAAAGCCAAAAAAGACAAGAAGGCAACGACAAAAAAGAAACAGCCAGGGUUUAUAAGACGUCUUUUCACCAUACAAAAUAUUUUCAUAUGUUACAUAUUCUAUGUGGUGUUCGCCUGUGACGGAUAUUUGAAAAAUGUUAAAUAUAAUAAAAAACAACCCUCUUUGCCUUUCGAGCAAUGGGUUUGUUCGAACGGGGUCUCUCGAUAUAUCCUUGAGCAUAACCUUUUUCAAAGAUAUGUUGAGCCAAAGAUAACCACCCUGAAAAAAGACUACGUGGAACCUUCGAUGACAACUUUCCGUGAUAAAUACGAAGCCCACGGAAAACCGGUCGUCGAACCAGUACUCGAAAAGGCGUAUUUACAGUAUGAAACUAAUGCUCAGCCUCAUGUCAACACAGUAAAAACAUAUUAUUUCGAGAAUGUUCAUACACAUGUACUUGUCGUUUGGAAACAGGUCAAAGUUCUGUAUAACCGACACGCAAAAGAACAUGUCGAUAACAUUUAUGUACAAAGCGGGAAAUAUUAUAAGGAAAUCAGUGUUUUUGUUGCACCUUAUUUAUCUGAGGCCCAAAAACAAUUCGAUACUGCGUACAUAAAGACUCAAAGGUAUUACGAUAGAGAAGUUUUACCACACUAUCGAAAGCACAUCUCGCCCCAUCUCCAAAAAGCAUGGAAGGCAAUAGUUGCAUUCUAUUUUAAAAGAAUCGAACCUACUGCACAGAAAACCAUCGUGGUGCUUAAUGAUACCUAUACCCAGCACAUUAUUCCCGCCUAUCAAGUCUAUCUUGAACCUCAUGUUACUACCGCCACGGAAUUCAUACUAGAACAAAUAAAUCCAGGCGUGGCUGAACGUAAAGCCAAAGCUGAAGCUGAGCGUAAAGCUAAAGCCGAGGCUGCUAGGUUAGCAAAAGAAGAAGCCCAACGUCAAGCUAAAUUAGCAGCUGAACGUAAAGCAAAAGCCGAAGCAGAAAAUAAAGCAAGGGAAGAAGCUAAACGUAAAGCUGAAAGGAAAGCAAAGGAAGAGGCUAAGCUUAAAGCAAAACUUGAAGCCGAAAGAAAGGCAAAGGAAGAAGCUGAGCGUAAAGCGAAAGAAAUCGAAAGGAAAGCAAAGGAGGAAGCGGAAAGGAAAGCGAAAGAUAAAAAGGCAAAAGAAGAUGCGGAAUUAGCUGCAAAACAAGCUGCGGAAUUAGCUGCGAAACAAGCUGCUACGGCUGCUCUUCGUAAAGUUGUUUCCGACAAAUUUAACAAAUUAGAGCAACAAACGACUGAACAUACCGAAAAAUUCAGGAUCCAAAUUAAUGACUCAAGGAUCAUUUUGGGAAAGGUGAACUCGAAAGCCGAUGCCAUAAAAAUUUCUGGAUCUGAACAUAUCCACAAAUUACAAAAACUCAUUGAGCAAACAAAACAAGACUCCUCAAAGACCGAUAAAAAAGAAGCUGUUUCUUCAUACGCCAAACAGAUUUUGCGAGAAUUAAAAGAACAAGUAAAUGAGGCAAAGAAAGAUGCCGAAGAAACUUUGGCGUCGAUCAAAAAUCAAAUCGAAACUUCCGCGAACGAAUUUGAGUUGAUCAUGACUAAACAUGCGAAAGAUGCUAAAAAAGAUUUUCAAGAAAUUCUAGCGAAACAUAAAAAAGCGGAUAAUCCCGGCAUCGACUAUUACGUAAGGAAACUUCAUGAUACUGUUUCCGAUGGAUUUUCCAUCUUUAAAAACCUUGAAGCAGACGCGAUCAAAGAAUUUUCGGAAACUGUUUCUUCGGCAAUACUAUCCAUCAAGAAAACGGCCAAAUCCGUUGCGCAGGAAGUUUAUGACGCAAAAACAGGGGUCACCGAAGUUUUCGAACAACAGCAUCACGAAUCUAAAGUGGAAAUAAAAUCGCAAAAACAACCUGAUAACGAUGAAAUCAAAGUUUUACAAAAAUCCGCAGAUCCUGUACUAGAUUUAUUAAAGAAACGACGUCAUCAACUACAAGAUACUGUAUUGACAAGAUUGAAGUUGGGGUAUCAAAAAUACUUGGCAAAACAAAAAUCACCGGAAAAUUCAAGUGAAGAAAGCGGCGACGACGACGAUUAUGGUGAAGAGAUGGAGGAAUGUGAUGUAGAAGGAGAAUGUGGUUAA